AGGUAAUACAUACCCUGUGUCUAACAUAUAAAUCGAAAUUUAUUGCAAUUGCAAAAUCAAUAUGAUUUCAGUUAACCAGUUCUACGACAAAGAAUAUCUUGCUCUUGAAACCAGUUCGAAUGCAUUUACGGACUUCUAUUGCAAACUACAAAAUGAAUGUGAUCAAUUUAAGAGAAAGAAAUCAAGAGGGCCUCUUUCUGAUGUCCAGAAAGAGUUGAGAAAUUACAAACACACUGAUGGCAUUGCAUUUGCUGCAAGAUCGCGAAGUUGGACAUUGAAAAACUCCAACCCAGUAUUACCACGUAAUCGUUUAAACAAAGUUGCAACUUCAAAACAGCAGAAGGGAGUACGAGCAUAUUAUCGAGUCUUGGCAGAAAACAAUAAAAAAUACAUUCUAAUUGCAUGCCACGUCAACAUGCACGGAUUUCAUCGAGGAGAUCUACGAUUUGUAGAAGUAAACGAUCGAACGAUUGCAAAGGGGUUCGAGAACUUCAGUGUCAUCGGGAGACUUUUUACUGGAGAUGUCGUUGCUGUGACCAGUCUUGCCAUAAAAUCAAAGUCACCAUUGAUUUUUCCAAAUGUUGAUAAUGUUCAUCCAGAUGGGAAUUGUAUAUGGGAAGUCAAGGAAAUGACAGUUCUAACACGGAAGGAUAUAUGCGAUGCCAAUUUUGCUACAUUGGAAAAUGGAACCGCCAUUUUGGAAGGUUAUGGAGAAGCUAUGAAUGUGGAUAAUGAGAGGAACAAGAACGUGCGUCUUCCAACUGAUAAGAUGUAUUCAGGUAAAGCAUUUUUCCCUGAGAAAAUGGUAGUGAAUUUCACUGAAGAUUUUCAUAACAGCUACUGGGAAGACCUAAUUGCUCUCUCGGCAAAAAUGAUCUCGUAUCCGAAUUCACUUGGAACUGUGUUUUCUUAUUCUUUAUCUGAAACACAGACGAGACUUCUAGAGAUUGGAACCAAAGCUUUCGAUACAGAAACAUUUCUUUCAUAUCCAAAGCAGAGGGAUGAAAUUGUAGAGAAAUGUGUCAGAAUGGGUGCUUCUGCCGUGCAAGCUGUACUCAAUGGAAGAUUUGACGCAAGAGGAUUUCAAAUUAAAGAUAUUAUACGGAAAGAUUUUAUAGUUCAAUUUUCCAUUGCAAACCCUGCAGAAAGACCAACUGAAGGACGUUGGAACAACAAUAUGCGAGUAAUGUUGAAUGGAGGUGGAGAGUUAUUGACAGGCGUUAUUGAAACUGUACUUGUAUCUGAUAGAAGAAAUCUUCAAAUUGUUGUUCGAAUUCCAAGUAAUUCGCCAAAAAACAUUGAUUUCAGUAAUAAAUGGGUUGUGCAUCAACAGGAAUCUCCGUUGGUUCCGAUUUGUGAAAUCGGAUUUUUCAAAAAGAUGCAUGCAACCAGCAAUGGAAGAAGAACAAUCGAGACCUUGUAUGGUGGACCUCCGAUUCAAAUAAAUCGAAAAGAUUGGCAAUCCGAAUUUGUGUUUCCUGCUAAACAACCAAUUGCUCUGAAUGAAUUCCAAAAUCAGUACGUAAGAUUAAUUCUUGCAGACGUGCCAUUAGUAAUUGGAAAUUCGCCAUUCGGAUGUGGAAAAUCAAUGACAAUCGUGACAGCUGCAAUCGAAAUUCAUAAACGGAAUAAUCGAUACAAUAAGUAUGGGAAAAAGCAACUAUUGAUUACUCAGAGCAAUAACGCCGGAGUCAGUUUAGUUGAAAUUUCUCAAAAAAUAGUUGGAAAUUCCAUUAAAUUUCUUCGAUAUGUAAGUGAACCUAAUUGGAACUUACUUCCCGACUCGUCAAGAACUGUUAUUGAUAUGCCUGUUCUUAUGAAACACUAUUUCGUUGGAUGGGCAUUGGGAACAGUAUUUGGAAUAGAGCAAACGAAGCAUUUGACAGAUGAAAUGAAGAGGGCAAUUGUCAGAAAAGUUAUUCAAGAUUUUACUACUCCAGAAAAACUUCAAGGAGAGGCUAAAACAAUUUAUGAAAAUAUGGAAACGAUGCAUAAAGAACAAAUACCAUUGUUAGAAAUUUUGAUUGAAGCAUUUUUUGUGAUUUACAAUCCAGAUGUUAUUGUAUCUACCGCAGAUUCAUAUAAAUGUUUAGUGAAGUUGGAUAUCCUCAAACAUGUGUCCAAUAUUCAAAUCGAUGAAGCCAGCCAGCUACCUGAAUACACAUUAAUCUACCUUCUUCAAAAGUUCCCUAAUUCUGGUUUUGGUCUUGUUGGAGAUAUUAAACAAUUACCACCCCACUGUGAUAGUGCAUUGAGUGGACUUCUCAAGAAAUAUGGAAUUGGAAAUACCAUGGAAAGAGCUGCCCGUGCAGAUGUUCCCACAAUCUGAUCUUCUGCAUGUUUAUAGAUGCCACCCUACAACUACACAUUUGCUUAGUCGGCUCUUCUAUGAAAAUCAAUUGAUUUCUGGAGUUUACAGUAAUGAAAGAAAUGAAUUUAUGAGAAUGCGAUCGGAUAUAUGGCCAAAUCUGAACUUCUCGAUUCUUUUUUUGAACCAUACAUCACAUGGGAGUCGAAUGGGAACUUCCGUCGUUAAUCAAUCCGAAAAACGACAUGUUCUAAAAGUUGUCGAACUAUUAACCAACAAAGUCAAUGGAUACUGUUUACCAGAAUCAGACAUUGGUGUAAUUUCUUUAUAUAAAGCACAAACCUCAUUGCUCACUGAAGCUUUAAGGGGGAAAAAUGUGAAAUGUGGAACUGUGGAUGCAUUUCAAGGAUCUGAACGUGAAGUUAUAAUUGUUUGUUGUACAAACAAUAAGGCUACUCAUUUUAUGCAAAAUGAAGGUCGCGUUAAUGUUGCAAUGUCCAGAGCCCGCCAGGCCACUAUAAUUAUUGGAAAUGUUCAACAACUGAGAGAAGCGGAAUAUUGGAAAACUAUCAUUGAAGUUGCAGACAAAAACAUAUGUUAUAUAGAUAAGAAUGAAGAAAAGGCCAAUAAUAAAAAAAAUGUUGCUAAAGAAGUUCAACUAGAAACGAAAAAUCAGAAUCGAGAUGAUCAACGUCGUGAAACACUGGAAAACGAAAAUCAAAAACUGCAAACGCAGGACAACGAGGAAUAUCGAGUUAUUCCGAGGAAAAAUAGAAAUGGGAUUUCCGACAGAAAACUAAAGAAAAAACCACCAACUAUAUCGAUAAAAUUGAUUUAA